AGCUCGCUGGAAGAAAUUGUCUCAUCUUGGCCUGUUGUUGGAGCACAAACGACCUUUGUUGCGGAAGGUGCGUUUGGUCAAGUGUGGGUUGGAACAGCAACCGGUGGCCAUCAAGACACUGUUGCCGGGCAAGGCUCGAGCGCUGCCAUUACCAAUCUCGCGGAUGAGAUCCUCCUCGCCUUGACGCUGCAGAGUCCCUACAUUGUGCAACUCCUCGGCGCGAGCUGGCGCGUGCGCUCCGAGCUGCAAAUGGUGCUCGAGUGGAUGGACCGCGGCGACCUCCGCUCGGUACUCCAAGCCACGGCGCCGUCUACGCCCAGCGGAGCGUCGACCACCUUUUGCUGGCCCCAAAAGAUCGAGUGCAUGCGCUGCAUCGCCGAGGGCCUAGUGUUUUUACACUCGAUGGACAUUAUUCACCGCGACCUCAAGUCUCGCAACGUCCUCCUCGAUGCCACCAGGCCCACCGACUUUGGCGCGUCGCGGGAAGCCACGACCGAGACUAUGACGGUCGGCGUUGGCACGUAUCGUUGGAUGGUACCGACUGCGAUGCACGUGGCCGUAGGCAACCACUACUCGACGGCGGCCGACGUAUAUUCGUUCGGGAUGGUGGUCACGGAGCUGAGCACGCACGAGAUUCCGUACUUUGACCAAACCAACAAAAAAGGCCGACUGCUCGUGGACACGGCAAUCAUGGCUCGGGUGAUAAACGGGUCGAUCUCGCCUACGUUUGGGGAAAGCAUGCCGCCGUGGGUGUGCGCUUUGGAACGCCAGUGUAUUGCCCAAGCACCGGACGAUCGACCGACCGCAAUGGAGAUCGCGCACACGAUUCGUCAGCAGCUGUAA